CUGUCAAAGUUGACAUAAAAUGGAAAGUUUAUCCGAAUUAAGAAUCGACAUGUACUGUAUAGCUAUCUCUGUCGUUCAGAGCCACCUUUGAUCCCAAUAAUUUUGGAUCACUCGUUACUAUGAUAAACAGUGUAUAAUCUUGAUUCAGAGUCCAUACUCUGUGAUUGUUUCUAUCCAGUUUAUUUGUUAGCUGUUAGUAAUGGAAUCUAACAUGGAAAUUAAAGAAGAGUCUGUUGAAUGUGGCCAAAGACACAUAGAUAAUCGGCUAUCUACAUCAAGCGAUGUUGGGGACUUGAAGAAUGGACUAAAAGGUAACUCAGAUGCAGUAAAAGCUGAAAUCAAGAAAGAGUUUGUUGAAGGUGAUACAAGAUAUUUAGAGACUCAGGUAUCCACUUCUCUUGAUCUGAGAGACUUUAAGAAUGAACCAGAUGAGUAUAACACAGAUAGGAGAGUAAAAGCUGAAAUAAAGGAAGAGUUUUUUGAAGUUGAUCCAGGAUAUAUAGAGAGUCAGCUAUCCACAGCAGUUGAUCUGGAAGACAUCAAAAAUGACAUAACCUCAGAUUUUAACGAAGAUGAGAACACAGCAGAAACUAUGAAAAAAAUAUCUACAAGCUCCGUAAGCAGAGCUGCAGAAGAAAACACUUUAAAAUGUGAAUAUUGUUUUAAGCUGUUUAAUUAUAAAAGUUCUUUGGAAGAACAUAUGAGAGGUCACACUGGAGAAAAACCUUACAAGUGCGAAAUUUGUUUUAAGCAGUUUGCUUAUAGAAGUUCAUUGCAUACACAUAUGAAACUUCACACGGGAGAAAAGCUUUAUAUGUGUGAAAUCUGUUUUAAGCGGUUUACUUAUAAAAAUACUCUAGAUAUACAUAGGACCGUUCACAUCGACGAAAAACAUUAUAAGUGUGAAAUUUGUUUCAAGCAGUUUUCCCAGAAAACCAAUUUGGAGAGACACUUAAGAGUGCACACUGGGGAAAAGCCAUACAAGUGCGAAGUUUGUUUUAAGCAAUUUACUCGAUUAAGUAUUUUGAAUGAUCAUACGAAAGUUCACACCGGGGAAAAACCAUACAAGUGUGAAAUUUGUUUUAUGCAGUUUUCUCAGAAAGGAAAUUUGAAUAGACAUGUUAGAACUCAUACGGGAUAGAAACCGUGCAAGUGUGAAAUGUUAUGAUAUUUGAAAGCCGCUGACCUUAAAGUAGGAAAUCCAUUAUGAACCCCCGGCUCGACACAGGACAGGCCGGCACGGCACGUCCAAAAACCCAUUUGUAACGGCCGGCACGGCAUCGGAUAAAUGAUCAUUUGCCAGGGAGAGCUCGUCGGAUGAAGAGGUUAUAAUACACACACCGGCAAAAUUAGCCGAACACCUUAACAAUGGGACAUGUUUGAUGUCUCGAAUUUUCUAAACCAGUGGUCCGAUGUGAGUGAUUCUUUUAGUGUGUUAUAGCCUUAUUAUUUAAGAAUAUCGUUGUGAUAAUAUUGUUGCUAGACACACAGGCGUAGCCAGGUUUUAGUUUCGGAGGGGGUUCAAAAAAGUAAAACGACUAAAACUACAUAAAAUAACCUUUAUAUUCAUAAUAAAAAUUUGAAAUAUGUUAAUAUCUUAACUUUUCGGGGAGGGUUUGAACCCCCAAAACCCCCCCUGGCUACGCCCGUGGCUAGACAUGCAAACAUCAUUUUAUACCGGGUGUACCAAUCAUACUGUGAUUUUUUCUUAAAGUUUGGAACACCUUGUGGAAUAUUCUAGCAUAUGUAUAAUAAUAAAAUUAAAACUCGGUUGUAGAGUUAGGCUUUCUUAACAUUUUACUUUUCGAUUCAUUUCAUUAUGUGGGAUAAUAAAAAAGUUAUGUGCGUUAACAACUAUCCAUGUUUUUCAUCAAUAAAUCCUCAUAGUAGGGGAGGGAAAUAUGCUAAAUUUGCAGUUACUCGAGCGUUAUGGGGACCUACUGGAUUGUGAAGAGUACCUAUGUGCUAAAACCAGAAAAAGGUUAAGUUAAGUUUUCAUAUAGCGGGGGACUUUUCAUUUUUUUAUUUAAUUUUCCAUUUGAAACAAUCGGUUUUUUCCGAUUAUAGCGCGAUCUAUCCAUAAUUCGAAAAAAUGUGUCGAAUAAAAGUUGCUUAUUUUUACGUAAAGAAUCCAAAUCUGCAAUAAAAAUUGGGGCUCCUAUUUAAGAUUUUAAAUUAAAUCCCCCACCCCCACCUCCGUGGGGGCUCGUGUUUGGUGCCAUUCGAUAGAUUUUUCAAAAAUAUUGAAUACGUGUAUUUUGCAGCUUUUCGAUCUGAUGUUCAUUUUUCGUCGACGUUGUAUAUAAAAUUUGUAAUAAAACAUGCAAAAAUAAAUACUGAAUAUUACAUACUUGAUUCAAAUGCAUGUGCGCUCAGCGUUUGACAUUAAAACCCCCUCGAAGCUAGUUCAGCUGAAAUCCACGGGAGGUCGUCAUUGUGACAUCGCUUAGUAAUUUAUUUAUUUAAUACAUCUAUUAAUAUAUUGAAUUACUUUAGGCUUGUUUAUUAAACUAAGCAGAUAAUGAUGGUAGAGGAGCCCAAGCGGGGAUUUUUGCAGUUACUCGAGCGCGUCAGGUUAUCACAUGGGGAGAAACCUUGUACCCUGUAAAUGUACCUAUACCAUAUAUUGGUUCUUAACACCGGGGAAUUUUUUAAGGGGGGGCCGAAAAAAAAUCUAUUCUUAGAAAAACUCGAAAUCGUCAGAUUAAGAUAAGGUAAGUUAAGUACAUGCAAAAAUAGUGUAUAUUUCAAAACUCUAACAAACUCUGACGUACGAAAAUGGUGAGUCACAAAGUUUAAAAAAAACGAAUAUUUCGCGAAAUAAACGUCAGAUUGAAAAACUAAAAAACACGUGUUUAAUAUUUUUCAAAAAUCUAUCGAAUAAUACUAAACACGUCACCCCACAAAGAGGGGUGGGGGGUAAAUUAAAAAUUUUAAAAACGAUACUUCGCGAAAUGAACGUCAGAUCGUAAAACUUCAAAAUACACGUAUUUAAUAUUUUUCAAAAAUCUAUCGAAUGGCACCAAACACGACCCCCCCACGGAGGUGGGGUGGGGGUUACUUUAAAAUCUUAAAUAGGAGCCCCCAAUUUUUAUUGCAGAUUUGGAUUCUUGACGUAAAAAUAAGCAACUUUUAUUCGCAACAUUUUUUCCAAUUAUGGAUAGAUGGCGCUAUAAUCGGAAAAAACGAUUGGUGGAAAUGGAAAAUUAAAUUAAAAAAUGGAGAGUCCCACACUUUAUGGAAAACUUAUCUUAACUUUUUUUGGUUUUAGCACCCACUCUUCACAAUCUAAUAGGUCCCCAUAACGCUCGAGUAACUUCAAAUUUAGCAUACUUUCCUACCCUACUAUGAGGAUUUAUUGAUGAAAAACAUGGCUAGUUGUUAAAGCCCAUAACUUUUUUAUUUUCCAAUAUAAGCAGCAAAUGAAUUAAACAAGAAAAUGUUAAGAAAUCCUAAGGCUAUAAUUGAGUUUUAAUUUCAAUAUUUUAUAUAUGCUAGAAUAUUCCACAGGCGGGUGUUCCGAACUUUAAGAAAAAAACACAAUAUGAUUGUUACACCCGGUAUAAAAUGACAUUUACCUGCCUAGCAACAAUAUUAUUACACCGAUAUUCUUAAAUAAUAAGGCUAUAACAUACUAAAAGAAUCACUCAAAUCGGACAACAGGUUUAGGAAAUUUGAGCCAUCAAACAUGUCCCAUUUUUAAGGUGUUCGGCUAAUUUUGCCGGUGUGUGUAGUAAGUGCAAUUUAUGCUGAGAUUGAAACAAACGAAAAUGCAAAAUUACGACGGAAACAUCGGUUUUGGGUGCACGAAAUAUUAAAAAAAAAGAAGAGAAUAUGGCGAUUUUCAUCAUCUUUUCCCGCAUUUGUUAAAAUAUGAUGCAAACAAUAAUUAAAUUUAAAAAAAUAAUUGUAAUUGGUUGUAUUUAAAUAAAUUAAAUUAGUUAUUAUGUGUUGUAGAUAAAAUAAAUGUAAGUUUUUUUAGAUAAUUUAAAUAAGUAAAAGUGCUUGUGAAAUAAAGGACUUAUAAAGUAAGUCUUUAUCUAUUUAAUAAUUAAUAAAAGUCAAUUCGCGUAAUAGUAAAAAACAUAACAAAUUUGUUUUAAAUUGAGAACGUGAGACAGGUGGCCAUGGUUUAUCAAUUACUUCUUUAUAUAAACUUGCGUGCAUAGAAAUGCCCACUUUAAACUUUUGACUUUAACUGGAUGUAUUUCUCAAACUAAUUACUUCCACCAAAAAAAGUAUAUCAUCAUCACAGCCAAAUUUGUCCACUGUAGGACAUAGGCCUCCUCAAUGUCUCCACCCCUCUCUAUCCUGCGCAGCUCCAAUCCAGUUUGUCUCUAUUCUUUUAAUGUCAUCCGUCCAUCUGUUAGGUGGUCUUCCACGACUUCGCUUGUCUGCCCUGAGUCGCCACUUGAAAAUCUUCAGUUCCCAAACACGAGCAUUAAUGGAAGAGAGGAGAAAAAUGCAAAGUAAUAGAAGUAAAGACCACCAUGAACUUAGAGAGAUAAGUAAAAGAAUACAAAAAUCUAUUAGGACGGAUAACCGAAAAUAUGAAAUGAGCAAAGUAAUAGAAGUAAAGACCACCAUGAACUUAGAGAGAUAAGUAAAAGAAUACAAAAAUCUAUUAGGACGGAUAUCCGAAAAUAUGAAAAUGAACAAAUUAAACAAACAAUUGCAGAUAGCAAGAGCCUCAAAGUCAGUGCCGGAUUAACCAUUAGGGAAAGUAGGCAGUUGCCUAGGGGCUUCGCAGGGCCCAAAACGAAAAUAUAAAAUUGUUAAAAUAUAAAAAUUUGCCAAAUUUUUACCUUUACCCAACUGACAAUAUAAUCUAAACAAUAUAUUUCUACGAGUUGUAUCUGUUUUGAGUAAUACCUAAUAAAAUAUUUUUAUACCUAAACUAUUGAAAAACAUUUCAGGUAACCUAGUAAAUACAAGAUUUUGGCAAUAUAAGUAACUACAAUGGGGUAAGGUUAUAUCAACCAUAAUAAAUUUAUUUGAAUUUGGACAUUUGUCACGUACAUUCUAUGAAGUUUUAUAAUUCUAUUGUAUAGAUAUAAGAAAACUUAAUAUUAUUGGCGUUGGGUGGUUUUAUUUAAACAUCGAUGGUUCUUUCAAUCUAAUAUUUAGGUAUAUCGAAGUCAUCUUUUCUUAGUUUGGUUUUGUUCUUUGGAAGAGAAUAAUAGUUAUCGUGUAGUUAGGUGCAAUAGUUGAUUUUAUAAAUUUGCACAUCAGAUUGAUUAAUAUUUUAUUCUAAUAACUUCAUUUUAAAGCAGUGCCAGGGCACUUUUAAGUGAUCACCAGACACCUUAAUUUUUGAUUUAGUGUAUUUAUCUGUUGUGCUUGGUAUAAUAUUGGAAUGUAAGCAUUUGUUUUGAUCUCUACAUAUUACACGCGCUAUGAGGAAAUCCCUCACCAUAUUUGUUUAUAACCAAUGAAAUUGUGUAAACUAAUACGAUAACCUUAAGCACCCAGGAAUGCCUUUAGCAUGGUUUAUGAGAGGGUAUGAAAAAGUUAUAGAAUAUUUCAGACGGCCAGUGUGCUGUGUGAUAGUUGAAAGAAGAGACAUCCCUCUUCAAGUGAGGGAAUUCCUCACUGCGCGUGCAAUCACAGUGAAAUAACGUUUCUAUUAUCUCAAAGAAACUUUUAGGUUUUUAUUUAAUAUUUAGGUAGGUUUAAUUAAAAUAUUAUUGUUUGGAUUAGGUUAGGAACAGGGGCACACCGAGGGGGGGUUUGGGGGUUAAAAUCCCACCCAGAGCAUAUAGAAAUAUAUAUAUAAAAGAAAGUAGGAAAAUGUAACUUGUCUUUCACAAAUAAUACAAAAAACUUUCGAUGCCCAAGCAAACCCCACUCCGCCCCCCCCCCCGAGGAAAAUUCUAGGUGCGCCACUGGUUAAGAACCCAUUUUUAAAUUUACCUAUUCUAAUUGGGAAAUAAGCCACAAUUUAACUUGAAAAAUUGAUUUUAUUGACGUUUCGAAUUCCACCUCGGACGUCGUUAUUAAAAUACAAAAUAUUAAUAGUUAAUUACAUAAAUGCCACAAAGAAAUCCCUAAUAGCACACGACGUCCUUUGGACGUCCAAAAUAGGUCCAUUUUUGGUCCUAACGUCCAUGGACUAUAAACGGACGUCCUUCGGAAGGAAUAAAAAUGGACGUCCUUUGGACGUCCAUACUGGACGAAAUACGGACGUUUUAU